AAUUUUCUUUUGCGUUUAAGAUGUCGUAAUUGUAAUUUGUGGUGCGACAAAGAUGGAUUAUUUUUUUUUGGAUAAAAAUUCGAUUCAAUCUUAAAAAAUAACUCAAAUUUAGCCGAAUUAAUCUUAUUUAUAUGAAGCCGACAUGAAUAAGAAUAAGAAUUUUCGCGUUGAUUGCGACGAUGAGAGUUCGCCGAGUAAAUCGAGGAGGUGCGCCAAUUUGGAGAUGGAAAAUUCUUGCCAAAUGGCUGUUGAUAACUCGGAAAAUGUUUUAAAAACGAUGCGUAAUUUGUUCCACGAGAAAUUAAUGACUGAUAUCAAUUUAGUCGUUGGGGAUAAAGAGCACCCGGCGCACCGGCUCAUUUUGUGCGCUUGCAGCGAUGUGUUUCAGGCUAUGUUGAGUAAACCCGAAUGGAGCGAGUGUUACAAAACUCGAGUUAUUCUCCAAGAACUCCCGCAAUGUGAGGUUAUCUUUGGGAAUUUUCUCGAAUAUUUUUAUACGGGGAAAAUUAUUAUUACUUAUAACAAUGUUAUGGCUAUUUUAGCUUUAGCCGAUAAAUACAUAGUGAAGAGUUUAAGCCGAUUAUGCUUAGAAUACAUGUCAACGCACAUUCCUCAAGCCGCUGCCCACAACGUUUUAUUCUCUUGGGUCCAAUACACGAUGUCGUGCGGGCACAAAGAGGUUUCAUCGAAAUGUUACAACUACAUUAAGUGGAAUUUGAGCGCGGUGGCGAACAGUCCGGAUUUUAGUGAUUUAGAUGUUGAUUUAGUGAUUAAUUUGUUGCAACAAAAUGAUUUGAUUGUGUAUAACGAGAUGGUUUUGUAUAAUUUUAUGGUACGAUGGUUGGAUUUGCAAAGAAUUCAGUUGAUACAAAACGGAUUAAAUUUCCGGGACGUUGACAAGCAAAUGGAUAUUUUAGUUGAGAUGAUCAUGUCAAAUAUUCGAUUUCCUAUGAUGAACCCAAAGGAAAUCGCUGAGUUGUUAUUAUCCCCGUUGGUUAAAAAAUACAAAGAAUUCUUCGUGAAUCAAAUGACGAUUGCAAUGGUCUUUCAUUCUGGGCAAAAUGACACAAUAAUUAAAACAAUAUUAGAAACCGAUAAGGGAAAAUUAUUGUUUAACCCUCGUUUAUACAUUUCAGAUUUAUUCAGCUCAAUUUUAUGUAUUGAUCACUUCAGGAAUUUACCGAAUUAUCAUACAAGCACGUUUUUGUUUUCCUCGCAUAUCUCCGCGACCGAUUCGGACUCCGAUCGGAUUAACGAAUGGGUUGUGGAUUUAUACCCGAAGGGGGUUUGGUUUCAAAAGUGUUAUUUAAUCUUGUGGCAAGGCCCAAUUGAAAUUCCAGGGGAAAUUUUUUCAACGGUGAGGUUAUCUUUGACUUGUCGAGAAAUCCCCCAAGAUGACAUGAAGGUUAGAAUUGGGAUUUUAUUGUACGCGAAACAAGGUGGGAUCGAAUUUGUGAUAAAAACGAUUGAGAAAGUGCAUUAUUUUAAUUCGCAAUCGAGGGUUUUAAAUUUGGACAAUUUGAUACCGUUCGAAGAAUUAAAUCCAACAGUUAUUAAUAAUAAUAGUAACGGGAAACCCUACGAAACCAAGUAUUUAAUCGGCCCGAAUAACGAUCAAUUAAAAAUUAAUAUUGUUAUAACCCCAGUUUGUUUUGAAUGACGAAUGUUGAAAGUUUUGUUGCGUUCUUUAACUUAGGUUCAAAAUGAUAUUAUUAAACAAAUUUUUUUUUGUUACAUUUAUUUGAUAUUGUUAUGAUGUAAA